CCUGUACUGUGUCUGGAGUCUCUGGUCAUCUCCUGUACUAUGUCCGCAGUCUCUGGUCAUCUCCUGUACUGUGUCCGCAGUCUCUUGUCAUCUCCUGUACUGUGUCCGCAGUCUCUGCUCAUCUCCUGUAGUAUGUCCGCAGUCUAUGGUCAUCUCCUGUACUGUGUCUGCAGUCUCUGGUCAUCUCCUGUACUAUGUCUGCAGUCUCUGGUCAUUUUCCUGUACUAUGUCUGCAGUCUCUGGUCAUUUCCUGUACUAUGUCUGCAGUCUCUGGCCAUCUCCUGUACUAUGUCUGCAGUCUCUGGUCAUCUCCUGAAGUAUGUCCGCAGUCUCUGGUCAUCUCCUGUACUAUGUCCGCAGUCUCUGGUCAUCUCCUGUACAUGUUCGCAGUCUCUAGUCAUCCUCUGUAGUAUGUCCGCAGUCUCUGGUCAUCUCCUGUACUAUGUCCGCAGUCUCUGGUCAUCUCCU